AAUAUGGUGGUUGCCUUUCUGUAGGAGGUAUAAUGUUAAAACAAUAUGUCCUCGGGCUUAUUUUGAGAAGCCGGAGGAGGCAAGUCAGAGCUGGGAGUUCGUUGAAGAUAGAAACACACUUCAGGAAAAAUACAAGGCUUUCAAGUUGCGAAUUCAAAGGAAGUCAGUUUGUGAUGAGAUCGAUGGUGAUUCUAAGAGAAGUGCUCAAGAUCAUCCAGCAAAUGUUCAGGUGAUAGAUGAAAAGAGUAUAGAAGAAGAUACUGCAACUAAUCCAGAACAUGUAGUGAUGCCUUCCCUUGUAUAUGUUGCCCGUGAAAAAAGACGUUCUCAUCCUCAUCACUUUAAGGCCGGAGCUCUUAAUGUUCUACUCAGAGUUUCUGCCACAUUGAGCAAUUCUCCUUGCAUUCUAGUUUUAGACUGCGAUAUGUACUGCAACGACUCAUUUUCAGCUCGACAAGCGAUGUGUUUUUUUUCUUGAUCCUAAGAUAUCACCUACUUUAGGCUGGAUUCAAUACCCCCAAGUAUACCAUAAUGUUAAUGAGAAUUACAUCUAUGACUGUCAGAUGAGAUUCGUAUGGACAGUUUGUUGGCCAGGGGCUGAUGGACUUCAGGGGCCAGUGAGUGAUAUCUGGUACUAAUUUCUACAUCAACAGGAAGGCUUUGUAUGGCGUCAACAUAUAUGAUGGUAAUGACAUAAUGAAGGAAGCAAGAAAUAUACUUGGUCCUUCCACUGAGUUCAUCAAGUCACUUAGACAAAAUGACAUGCCUAGUAAAACCAAGUACAGUGAGCUUUGCACUGCUCCAGUACAAGAAGCCCAGUAUUUAGCCUCUUGCACUUAUGAAGAAAAUACUAAAUGGGGUGAAGGGGCUGGUUUUUGGUAUAAAAGUGUAUUGGAAGAUGCAAUGACAGGCUAUAUGUUGCAGAGCAAAGGGUGGAGAUCAGUAUAUUUGAAUCCACCAAGGCCACAAUUUCUGGGUUCUGCUACGACUAAUCUCAGAUGAAUAUUUGAUUCAAUCUAGUAGAUGGAUCUCAGGACUUGCUGAAAUUGGGCUUUCAAAAUAUUGCCCCCUUUUCUACAGUCCGUCAAGAAUGCAAAUUUUUCAUCGGAUAUCUUCAUCCUGGGUCGUCCUAUACUGUUUUGAUUUUAUCGCAGUUUGGUGUUUUGUUACCAUUCCUCGGAUUAGCUUCCUCUAUGGUGUCUCAUUAUACCCUAAGGUAUCAGACCCAUUUUUCAUAGCAUUUGGAUUUGUUUUUAUAUCAUCCUUGGUGAAGCAUCUAUGUGAAGUUGUUGACACAGGAGGGUCAGUAAGAACAUGGCUAAACGAACAAAGGAUUUGGAAAAUAAAAUCGCUUACAUGCUUUAGUUACGGAGUUGCUGAUUGUGUGAUGGCGAAACUCGGGCUUCGAGAGGCAAGUUUCAUACCUACUAAUAAAGCUGAGGACAGCAAUAAAGCUAAGUUAUAUGAAAUGGGGAAGUAUGACUUUAGUACAUCAAACAUGUUUCUUGUUCCGUUAGUGAGCGCCGUCUCCUUAAACCUGUGUUGCUUUGUGGGAGGAGUUGCAAGAGUUAUUGGUGUGGGUAAUUGGGUAGAAAUGUUUGGUCAGGGAAUUCUCUCAUUAUAUGGGUUGAUAAUCAGUUAUCCAGUGUUGGAAGCCAUGUUAGUUAGACAGGACAAGGGUUGCAUUCCAUUGUCUGCUAUUUUAACAUCUUCCUUCUUUGUUGUGCUUUCCAUCACCUUUGGAUAUUUUAUCUUCUAAUUACCCUAAAAGGAUUAGUUCCUUAUUUUUUUUAAGUUAUUAAAAAAAAAAAUUGUCGGCUAUUUUAUGUAGUCAAUGUUUCUGUUUGGUGUAAUUAAAGGCAAAUUAGUGAUUAAUAAAAUGAUUAAGGACAGGAGUACAUGGUUUGGAUUGCUGAAGUAGAAUAUCCCCCAUUUAAUUGCUUUUCCUUUAAAAAAAAAAACAUGCGUAUUUUUAAUCAAAAUGUUUGUGACAUUAAUAAAAAUGUUGUUAGAUGAAUAUUAAAAAUUCAUGAUUACAAAUACAAACAGAAAAGGACGUAUAACAACAGCUACAAUUGAGUUGUACUAUAUUUGAAGUUUGUCCACUUUACUAAGUUAUCAACGUGACUAAUAGAGUUAUAUCUGCAAUGUCCUUGGAAUACCCUGCCUUAAUGUACGAUGCAUAAAAUCUCAAGACACGUUUAUUUUAAGGAGGAAUAGUGAUGAAUGUUCAUGAUCUUGAUGUCAGACUAAUUUUAUGGACUUGAUUCACCAUAUAAAUUUACUACCUACAGUUUGUUACUUGCAUGUAGUUAAAUUGUACGUAUUACAUACAUCUUACAGUAUGUAUAAGUAGUCAUAACCAAUAUGAGAUUGAUUAUUGUUUAUAAUUGUACGAUGAUGAGUGAUAUCUGAUAUAUGCAUGUAGGAGAACUAUGAGGCUUUGAAGCAGCAAACAGAUGAGGUGAUGUUUCUAGUGACAAUCGUCAUCUGAUGGAUCCACCACUGCUUGUUUACGACGUCAGGUUCUCCUUAUCUUUUACUUGUUUUUAACUACGCUACUCACACUCGCACCAACACAUUCCAUCUGUGAUCUGUGACUAUCCUUUUUUCUGAAAUCUAUAUGAAAUGACAUACAUUUCACACUUGGUCAUAAAUGUCAAUUAUUGAACUUCAAUUUUUUUGCAUGGACUGUGCUAUUUGGAAGAAAAGUGAAGGGGGAAACAAGGUAAGGAGAUAAUAACUAUAACUCAACUAUAUUCACAAUGUUAAUAGAUGUGCUUGGAAGAAGGUAUAGGUUUCUAACACUUACAUAUUCAAGUGUACGUACAUAUUUGUAUAAAAGGCUGCAUUCUUAAAGAUUUCAUCAUUUAAAACUAUUGAUGCACCAGAUGAUAAUAAGCGAGAAUUCUAUGUAAGAUGCUGCAACCUUAAACCCUGAAUACAUAGCACUAGUAUAUCUGUAUAUGAGAUGCCUCUUCUCUGUAUAUAGCCUAUUCUCAUAUAAUACACAUUGCUUUGUGAGAUGUAUCUUCAGAAUUGAGCAAAGCCUAUCGGCAAUUCGCUCACAUGGGGGGCAAAUCGUAGGUUUUUUCAGUUUUAAAUUGAGCAAAGCCUAUCGGCAAUUCGCUCACUUAGGGGGCAAAUCGUAGAUUUUUUCAGUUUUAAAUUGAGCAAAGCCUAUCGGCAAUUCGCUCACUUGGGGGGCAAAUUGUAGAUUUUUUCAGUUUUAAAUUGAGCAAAGCCUAUAGGCAAUUCGCUCACUUGGGGGGCAAAUCGUAGAUUUUUUCAGUUUUAAAUUGAGCAAAGCAUAUCGGCAAUUCGCUCACUUGGGGGGCAAAUCGUAUAUUUUCUCAUUUUGUCUCUUACGCAACAAGUCACAGGGUUCCAUCGCAAGUGAGCACGUUAGUUUUACUAACGUCCUCACUUGGGGGGCUAGUUGUACGGGAUAUAACGGUAGCAACCUCGAUAUGCCGGUAAGAGCAUGUUGUGCAGUAUAAGCCCUCAUUAAUCGGCAAAUAAAACCAUGGUCCUUACCGGUAUCACUCUAUGCCACAUGGAGAGCUGCUUCUCGUCACGUAGCAUGUCUCUCUGGCACGUGGAGAGUUGCUUGGGGCCACGUAGGCACCUGAUGCCUAUAAGGUUGGUGUGCCACCUAUCUCUAUAGGUGGCACCUGCUUGGUUGUGUCUCUAUAAAUACCCAAGCAAAUCCCCAUUUCAAAGGUAGAAUCUCUCUCUCUAAAAACACUUUCUCUCUCUUCAUUCUCUUUCUUCUCACAAAGGUAGUGACUUUAACAUCGGAGUAGUUAUUCCCGGAUAACCUCUGGGCUAGCUAAUCUGUAUUGGCUGUGUAGGUGUGCAAUUGGACGGUAAACCAUUACCAGCCCUCGGAUGUUGACGGAAGCAGAAUUCAGCAGGAACAAGAAUAUAUCAACAGUUUUGUGUUUUGCUGUCAUUCCAUCCUUAUGUUUACUCCUUGAUGUUCAAAUUCGGAAUACAAUUUUAUAUCAUAUAAGAGUACAUAAUGAAUGGUAAUGUAAUACCUAUCUUACAAGCAGUUGGUUUUGGUAGAAUGAAAGUUAAAGUCAUGUGAUGUUAAAACAGAAUACUUCAUAGUUGAUAAACAAGGCGGUGGCUUACCAAAGCACCCUGCCCCAUAUGACUGACUAGUUUUGGUGGGUUGUACUGUUAAGGCAUAUUCAGUGAUUCAGUUUUAAUCUUCUAGAUUGUUAAAAAAAAAAAAAAAUUAGGUCCACAUAUAUAUAUUAAAUUGAGAGUUGCCUGGCUGGCUGAAUAAUGAGUGGAAUGGAGUAUAUGUUGUAUUUUUGUAUGUAUGCAUUUAUCAAUCACAGUAGAUAUCCAAGUACAAUACAAACUUGGACGUAUAACUGAUAAUUCAGAUAGAGCGAGGCAUGCAUUGGCAUGGAUUUGUAUGUCAUAGCUCGCGUGACUCACGUCGUAAAUAUCUCAUCUCAUCUCAUCUCAUCUUCAAAGACAACAGCUACUCAGGAGUUGAGUUUUAUUACGUAAUCAAUGAUGAAUAGCUCCUCCUCUACUUAAGCCAGUCUCUUUCUUUUUAAUCUGAGGUAAAACUCAACUAGCCAACUUUAUUACUAUGAAGUAUCUGUCUUAUUCUAGUACUCCCUCCGUCUCUUAAUACAAUGUCUCUUUUGAGCAUUUAUUCCUCACAUAAUAAAGAGAAAGAGACAUUGUAUAAAGGGACGGAGGGAGUAUUUUUUAUGAGUGCUAUUAUACAUAGAGUGUCAAACUUUUUAGACCAUAUCUUUUCACCUCAAUAAUUAAGAUAAUAAGAUUUGUCUUCAUGCAAUUCACCGCAUAUUCAGCACCUUCAUUCUCUACUGUUUUCCUUCAUCCAUUUAUAGAGUGAUUGUCAUAGACGGCUCUACUACUUAGUUAAGACCGCCUUUACGGAACUCACAACCUCUUCAUAUAUUUUAUCACUUUCUUAGUACUCACUUCAAUUUCCUCAAGUAAAAAUACAAUGGAAAAGUCUAAACUUCAUGAUUGGCAUGUUCACAAAGUAAGGGCAUUCCUUAAUAGAAGUUAUGCCUUAUUACAUGUCCUGGCUACUACACCCAUUUUCUACUUAAGAGCUAUCUAUUUUUUUGGUCAUUCAAAUAAUGCGGUGCCUUUGCUUCCAUGGCUUCUGGUAUCUGCUGCCGAAAUCCUUUUCUUUUUCUCAUGGAUCCUCAAGCAAUCCUACUACUGGUGUCCUCUCACUCGGACCGUCUUCCCUGAGAAUCUUCCUGCGGAUGAGCAACUGCCAAAAAUCGACGUGUUUGUAUGCACUGCUGAUGCUAUCAAAGAGCCUACAUUUAAUGUUAUGAAUACAGUUAUAUCUGCUAUGUCAUUGGAUUAUCCUGUUCAUAAAUUGAGUGUUUAUGUAUCUGAUGAUGGAGGUGCUUCUGUCACUUUGGAUGCUAUGAAACAUGCUUGGGUCUUUGCAACUUGGUGGUUACCGUUUUGUAAGAGAUAUAAUAUUCUACCAAUUUCUCCUAAAGCUUAUUUUCAGCAACAUUUUCAACAACAAUCUUACAACACUCAUUUUAUUCAAGAUUCUAAACUACUUAAGGAGAAGUAUGAGGAAUUCGAGGAACGAGUGCGCAGCUGGAAGGAAAGACAAGGUGGUAUUAACGAGAACAACGCUAAGGGAAGUGCUAAAGAUCAUCCACCAAUUAUUCAGGUGAUAAAUGAGAGUUUUGUAGGAGAUGAUGACAAUGUUGCAACAACAAACCCGGAAAACAUCAAAAUGCCCUUCCUUGUGUAUGUAGCUCGUGAGAAACGACCUUCUCAUCACCAUCACUUCAAGGCCGGAGCUCUUAAUGUUCUGCAAAGGGUUUCCAGCAUAUUGAGCAAUGCUCCUUACAUACUGUUCCUAGACUGUGACAUGUACUGCAACGAUUCAAGUUCAGCUCGUCAAGCUAUGUGUUUUUAUCUUGAUCCUGAGAUAAACCGUUCAAUAGCUUAUGUUCAAUACCCUCAGAAAUUUCAUAACAUUAAUGAAAAGGACAUUUAUGAUAGUCAGAUGAGAGCAAUAUGGCCUAUAAUCUUUCCAGGGACUGAUGGAAUUCAAGGACCAAUACUAUCUGGUACUAAUUUUUACAUCAACAGGAAGGCCUUGUAUGGCUUUAACAUCUCUGCAGCUGGUAAUGACAACAUAAAUGAGCUCAGACAUACUUUUGGAUCUUCAAAUCUACUCAUCAAAUCUCUUAGCCAAAUCAACGAGCCUAAUCAUUCAAGUAAAUUUUCCUCUGAUUCUCUAAAAGAGGCUCAAUUCUUAGCUACUUGUGUCUACGAAGAGGAUACAGAGUGGGGUAAAAAGGUUGGUUUUCAAUAUGACACAGUGGCAGAAGAUGUGAUGACGGGUUUUCUAUUGCACAGCCAAGGGUGGAAGUCGGUUUACUUAAAUCCACCAAGGCCACAGUUCUUAGGUUCUGCCACUAUUAAUCUCAACGAAACAUUAAUUCAAUAUUGUAGAUGGACUACAGGCCUUCUUCAACUUGGUCUAUCCAAGUAUUGCCCUCUUUUUCACAUUUCACCCAAAAUGCCAAUCCUUCAGAGGUUGAUUUAUUCCUGGGUUGCCUUUUUCCCUCUUGAUUUCCUGCCCAUUUCGUGUUUUGCUAUCAUUCAACCACUUUGUUUCUUCUAUGGCAUACCUUUGUACCCCAAGGUCUCAGACCCAUUCUUCAUACCAUUUGCCUUUGUAUUCAUAGCAUCACAUUUAAAGCAUCUAUAUGAGACCUUUUUUUGUGGAGGCUCAGUAAAUGCAUGGUUGAACGAGCAAAGGAUUGUGGUGAUAAAGGGUCUUACAUGCUAUGUUUAUGGCACUCUUGACUUUGUUAUGGAAAAGUUGGGGAUUCACGAGACAACCUUUAUGCCUACCAAUAAAGCCGGAGAUGAUGAUGCAAGUAAAUGGUACCUAAAUGGGAAGUUUGACUUCAGAACAUCGAACAUGUUUCUUGUUCCAAUUGUUACAGCAGUUACCUUGAAUCUUUCCUCCUUUGUUGUUGGAGUUGCAAGAGCGAUAGUCACUCAGAGUUGGGAUACAUUGUUUGCUCAAGCAUUCUUCUCAUUUUACAUGUUGAUCAUCAGUCUUCCUGUGAUUGAGGGCAUGCUGUUAAGGAAGGACAAAGCGCGUAUUCCUCUGCAGACUACUUUGAAAUCAACUCUAUUGUCUUGGUUCGUCUUGGGUUUAGGAUACUUGAUCAUGGUAAGGCAUUAAUGGAAAGGGUUCGUUUACCCAAAUGUAGCCAUAUACAUGAUGGCUUUUUUUUAGUCCUUGUUUUUUUUUUUUUUUUGUCAUGUGUUCAUUAGUGGAUCCAAAAUUUUUGAUAUGGAUCGGAUGUACGAAAUUAAGCUUGAUAAUAAGGCAAAGUUGUAAGUGGAUCAUUAUCAUUUUGCCAACUUAAAUUUGAGUAAUAAUUAAUUAAUUUCACUAUUGUAUUA